AUGCCUCCUAAAGGAAAGAAGACCGCGCCUGCGCCCUUCCCUCAGGGAAAGGCUGGCAACAAGAAGGCCGCCAAGAACCCUCUCCUCGAGAAGCGCCCCAAGAACUUUGGUAUCGGCCAGGACAUCCAGCCCCAGCGUAACCUUGGUCGUAUGGUCAGGUGGCCGGCGUACGUCCGUCUCCAGCGCCAGAAGAAGAUCCUCAACCUCCGUUUGAAGGUCCCCCCGGCGAUUGCCCAGUUCCAGCACGUUGCUGACCGCAACCUCGCCACCCAGGCUUUCAAGAUCCUCAACAAGUACCGCCCUGAGACAAAGACCGAGAAGAAGGAGCGCCUGACCAAGGAGGCUACCGCCAUUUCUGAGGGCAAGAAGAAGGAGGAUGUCUCCAAGAAGCCUUACACCGCCAAGUUCGGUCUGAACCACGUUGUCGGCCUCGUCGAGAACAAGAAGGCCUCGCUCGUCCUGAUCGCCAACGACGUUGACCCCAUCGAGUUGGUUGUCUUCCUUCCCGCCCUCUGCCGCAAGAUGGGUGUUCCCUACGUUAUCGUCAAGGGCAAGGCCCGUCUCGGUACGGUCGUCCACCAGAAGACUGCUGCCGUCCUCGCUCUUACCGAGGUCCGCGCCGAGGACAAGACUGAGCUCUCCAAGCUCGUCUCUGCUAUCAACGACGGCUACCUCGAGUCUCACCACAAGGAUGCGUCCCGUCACUGGGGAGGUGGUAUCAUGGGUGCCAAGGCCAACGCUCGCAUGGAGAAGCGCAGGAAGGCUAUCGAGAGCGCUAUCAAGAUCUAA